AGCAUCAAAACAAAUGGAUAAUAAUCCAAACAAAGUGGCCUUGAUUGUGGCUCCCAGUUACGAAGGCUUACCAGUUCACGAACGACUUCCUGGAACAUUUUACGAUGUGCAAGUAAUGCGAGAUGUAACAAGGAAGUUUCGAUUCGAUGAUGUGAAGGAGGCUGUGGGAGACAGUGCUACGAAAAAAAAAAUCUUACAGUCCCUAGGUGAUCUGUCAAGUACAGUCAAAUCAGGAACCAUUGUAUUGUUUUAUUUUAGUGGACAUGGGUAUUAUCUUCCUAGUACAAAAGAUGAAGGCCUUCUUCCAGCYGAAGCAACCCAUGAAAAGAAUUGUUUCGUGGAGGUUGGACACCAAGAGAAAAGGACACGUUUUKCUAUAUCGCGGCUUGCAAUUCAGUACAACUGGCUUUUGAAGAUAGAGAGAGAGGUGGAAGACUAACUAUGGCUAUUGAGUAUGUGGUCAAAAGCAUACCAUGCUUUAAAGGUGUCUCGAUCUGGGCAUUUUUUAGGUGAGACAAGGUACCUUAGGGAAA